GUUUCGUUGUGAGAGGCGAUUUCUCGUGCGACGCCGUCUCCCGGAGGUUUUCUCGUUCUAAUCGACGACGGAGUGUCUUCUCCACUUGCUCAGAUGGAUCCCUCAGAAGAGAGAAAGCAUUCAAAGAGGCAAAAGGACUACAUCAACAUGCUUUCAUACACUUGCGAUUCAGAAUACGGGAUUCCGAGAAGGUGUUCCUGUGGUGGGAGAAUCAUCGACGAGGUUCGAGUGAAGCAGGAGUACGACACUCUUCCUGGGAAGCGUUUCUUCACCUGCGCCAACUACGAGGCUGAUGGGUUUCACUAUCGUCAGCCUUGGGUGAUUGGUGUCCAGGAGCAGAUCGAAAGCUUGACUAAGCGUCUGGAGGAGGCUGAGGAGGUGAUGAAGUUCGUACCGAGUCUGAAAAAUCAGAUUGAGACACUAGAGGCACAGGCUAAAGGGCUCACUCGGCAGGUUGAUCGCCUCACUGCGGAGGUUUAUAACCUCACGGUGCAAGUAGCUGACCUGGAGAAGCUUUGCUUCGAUUAA